AUGGUCGAGGGAAACAUUGCAGGCGAGAGCAAUGCGCUCAUGGUACAGGUUCCGGCCAUCGUCUUCUUCGUCCUCACGCCCAUCUUCGUGGGCACCCGCUUUUGGUCAAGGAUCAAGAUGAGAUCCGGCCUUGGCUGGGAUGACUGGACCAUCUUGUUCUCGUUUACUUGCUGCCUGACUGUAUCGAUAUUGAUGAUGAUCUCCUGCGAGUACGGGUUCGGGCAGCACAUCAAAAACUUGUCUAAAUCUAACAAGGUGAUGACUUUGAAGCUGUUUUAUGUUGCCCAGAUCUUCUACAAGAUCACCAUUAAUCUUACAAAGGCCUCCAUCUUGCUCCUAUAUCUUCGCAUUUUCGUGCAGCAGUAUUUCCGCAUUCUUUGCUACACACUUCUCAGCAUUAUCCUGGCAUACAUGGUAGCUACAUCAGCCUCUUCUAUAUGGCAAUGUACUCCCAUCCCGAGAGCUUGGGACAAGUCGAUUCCCGGUACCUGUAUUUCGCUCACCAUGAACUGGUAUGCCAAUGCGGGAUUCUCGAUUGCUACAGACAUUAUCAUCAUGGCACUGCCGCAACACGUCUUGUGGAAAUCGAAACUGCCCAUAAAUCAGAAAAAGCUGCUCAUGGUUGUCUUUGCACUGGGCCUGUUUGUCACCAUCACCAGUAUCCUGCGCAUGACGACGCUGAACUUUUCCACCACAAGCCCGGACACCACUUUCGACAUCGCCUCCACACUCUGGACGCUCGUUGAAGACAAUGUCGCCAUCAUCUGCGCCUGCCUGCCCAUGUGCCGUCUUCCCCUGACUUAUAUUUUCCCGACUUUCUUCGCAUCCAACAAAGGCUCAUCUGCCGGCAGCUACAACGUUGGGUCCACGCCGCGAACGAACAACAGCAACUUCAUCCACGCCGGUACGAGCCGCAACGACUGGCAUCCAUAUCAGGGUCGCGAAGAAAAGAAGGGAAUUCAUCUCACGAAUGUGCAAGCUAGACCAAAGAUUGGGGACAAUGCGAGCGAGGAAUACAUCCUACCCGCAGCCGCCGAUGAAAGGCGUGUGGGGGCUCCGAGCGGGGAGUUGGAGGAUCGGAAGGCUAUCAGGAAGACAUCGGCAUUCCACAUGACCUACGAAGAAGAAGGGCCGAGAGUAUGA